ACGUGACAGUCGCGCAUGCGCACUCACACUGUUGUAACUGGAAAUAUUCAAUAAUCUGGGAGCAGUUUGCACAGGAGCACGAGCCUGUGUGCUGCAUUAGAGUACAGUGACAGCCAUGAGCUUCUUUGGUUUCGGGCAAAGUGCGGACAUCGAUAUAGUUCUGAAUGACGCCGAAACGAGAAAGAAAGCUGAGCACAAAACCGAAGACGGCAGGAAGGACAAAUACUUUCUCUUCUACGAUGGGGAAACGGUGUCGGGGAAAGUCAACGUGACGCUGAAGUACCCGGGGAAGAGGCUCGAGCACAACGGCAUCAAGAUUGAGUUUGUCGGCCAGAUAGAGCUGUACUACGACAGAGGGAACCACCAUGAGUUUGUGUCUCUGGUGAAGGACUUGGCGCGGCCCGGGGAGCUCACUCAGUCACAGACGUUUGACUUUGAGUUCACACAUGUGGAGAAACCCUACGAGUCUUACACCGGUCAGAACGUCAAAUUACGUUACUUCCUGAGGGCCACAGUGAGCCGGAGGCUGAAUGACAUCAGCAAAGAGCUGGAAAUCGUGGUGCACACACUCAGCUCAUACCCCGAGCUCAACUCCUCCAUCAAGAUGGAAGUGGGGAUCGAGGACUGUCUACACAUAGAGUUUGAGUACAAUAAAUCCAAGUAUCACCUUAAAGAUGUGAUUGUAGGGAAGAUUUACUUUCUGCUGGUGAGGAUUAAGAUCAAACAUAUGGAGAUUGACAUCAUCAAGCGGGAGACAACCGGCACAGGUCCUAACGUGUACCACGAGAACGACACCAUAGCAAAGUAUGAGAUCAUGGACGGGGCACCAGUCAGAGGAGAGUCCAUCCCCAUCAGGCUGUUCCUCGCAGGCUAUGAGAUGACGCCGAGCAUGAGGGACAUCAACAAGAAGUACUCGGUGCGGUACUACCUCAACCUGGUCCUCAUCGAUGAGGAGGAGAGACGCUACUUCAAACAGCAGGAGAUCACCCUGUGGAGGAAGGGCGACAUCGUGAGGAAGAGUAUGUCUCACCAAGCCAUCAUGGCCUCGCAGCGCUUCGAAGGCUCCUCUCAUCCAGAGAAGACCCCGACCCAGAGCCAAGAAGAGGACGGCUAAAGCCCAGCAUGCACCUCACCCUCCUGUAGUGAGUGUCUGAGCAAACAGGGCAGGAAUUUCCAGCAAAUUCUGAAUGUAAAUAUCAUUUGUUUGCAUUGAGAUUGCUGCAGUGUGAGAGAGGCUUUAAAUAUAGCUGUGUGUUUCAAGGGAGCAAACAGUCUGACUCAGAAUGCAGUUGUGAGUUAUUCUGUUUGUUUUAACCACCUUGAAGUACCGGUUUGGUGGAGUUUAGUCUAUUAAGACUGAAUAGAUGAAACUGCACAAAAUUGACUUUAAAGUGCUUAAUUAAAAUGUAAUGGUGUAUAUUGUACAGUGAGACAAACGCACCCAUUACAUGCACUAAAAUAUGAUUAGCAAAUUCAGUUGGAUCAAUAUCUUGAAUUGACAUGUAUGACUACAGGUUGAGAACAACCACUCCCUUCAAACUCUCACUCUGCUAGGCUAAGAAAACUGGAGCGAUACAGUGGACCUCGUUAAAGUGGGUAAACAGACGUUCCACUACGUUUCUCCUCAAAGGAAUGGGACGUUCUGGAAUGCAUUCAUCUUUGAUUAUGUUGCUGCCAAGUCCUCAGCUGAGAAAAUCCCCUUUCUUUAGUUUUUCAUUCUAGAAAAUAAGCAACGACCCUGAUCAAAGAAAAACAAGUAUAUAUAAUGGUAUAAGACUUUUAACAUUCUCUAAAUUAAAUGAAUUCCAUUCACGUGUUUGUAUAGGACGAUGCUCAAAAUAUUUUCAUACAUUCCAAGGAGUAUCUAUUUUUUAAGAGAAAAUCAUUUUAUUUUCAACAGCUUUUUAAUGUUGGAUGUAUCUUGCCGUCUGGCGCUGCGGAACACAGACGUGGCGUUUGUUAGUGCUGUGGGACUCUCUUCCGUCACUAUGAUCUCCUCUUACAGUUUGCAGCCUGCUUUCUGAUUUGCACUAUGAACUCAUUCUGCUUCUUUCUGCUUUCAGUGCUCUUUAGAAACUGGACUUUAUGGCAAAAUGAAAAUCACAUCACUUCAAAUCAAAUAUGGAAGGUUUUUCUCCUGUGUGUCUGUGUCGUAGUUAGCUGCUGGGUGCCUAAGGAUCUAUUGCCUACACGUGUGGGUGCUUUACUAGAAAGCUGCACGCCCUUUCCCCCUCUCAAACUGUGCUCAUCCCUUUAGUUCCUACAGUCACUUAUCAUAACACAGGUUUAUUUGUUGUUUCUAGUCUGGGAGAGUCAAUCAUUGAACCCCUGUGACAUUAUUCUUUUAAAUGUAAUUACCUUUUCUUAAAAAGAUUGUCUUCAUUCUUAAAAAGAGCACACAUGUGAGUAGUAAAUGUGACAUGCUGUGCAACCUGGCCAAAUCCUCUAUUUUAUAAACGUCUCCAGACUGCUGUUCGGGUAAACAAAAUGUUCUGGCCGAGGAGGAGAGAAAAAUACAUUCUAAAUAAUAUUUCGGAGCAAAAAAAACCAAAACGUUCCCUUGCUUGUUUCUUAACUCAAUCCUGAUUUCAAGCUGAUUGUUAGCGGAUCAGAGGUUUUAAACUUGAGUCACACGUUUAAAGUUGGAGCAGCUUAGAUGAUUGCAUAAUUCCUGGUCAACCAAUCAAAUGGAGCUUUCUGUUUGCUGAGCGUCAGCUGCUCUCUUUUCGAUGCAGAACUUACAGUUGGUACAUUGGAUGUUUGGGUGAAUACACACAAGAGGACCAUCAAAUGAGUCCGAUGUUCGCGUAAGAAGGACGGCAACAAUCCCAUCAACUUCUGUCUGACAACAUGUUUUGGGAUGUAAGGUAAAUCCCUAUACUAACAAUAAAGAUCCACUGUCUUUCUCCCAUACUGAAUACAUUCUGCAUUGUUUCCCCGCCUGACUCUUCAUGCUUCAUUCUGGCUGUUACCUGCAGUCAUACAAUAGCACUUCACUGAAAUCUGUUGAUUACAAUUCAGAAAAACAAAACGUGUUUGGUGUGUGAUUUUAAUUGUUGCCGUACUGGUACAGUGACACAGUAGCUAAACUAACCCAGUUUGUAAUAGAGAGUAGACCCAGAUAUAAAUAGCAAAGAUUUAUAAAAUGUAAAGUAUAAAUGCACAAUGUAAAUGCAAUUUUAUUCUUUGUUUUUUUUCCUUGUCAUAUAUUAUCUCCCUGUCUAUAAAUGUUGAUUUGAUGAUUUUAUAUUCCUGUUUUACUUUAAAUUAAAAAGGGAGUAACUGAAAAAGGCAUCUUCUCUGUGUUUAUGAUAUUUUCUGCUAUUCCUGAUAAACACAUGUAUUGUACAGACAACAUGAAUACAUUCAAACUGAGACCUGAACUGACUCUCUCACUAACAUGACCUCGAGGCUGUGGUUAUGCUUUAACAUAUUGUUCCUUAAGCCCACACAAAUGUAGACAUGCAAUAUCGUCAAACAUAGUUGUUGCACUUGAAAGAGUUGGGAUUUUUAUAAGCUGAAGAGCUUUUUGAUGGCUUCCAUCCAAGAAAUUGGACCGAAAUUGGACCGAAUUUGAGAAGUCCCCCUGACUUCUCAAAUUCGGUCCAAUUUCUUGGAAUUAUGUGUUUUUUUACAAUACAGAAUCGGUCAUUAAAUGCAUGGUGAUUGUCCUCAGUAAAUGUCAUAUUGAUGGUGGCAGUGUGUAACCCAAGUGUUAGUCUGCCUGUGUGGAACAGAUGUGCUCACUAGAGGGCAGGUUUGGAUCAAUUUUCUUUAUGAACUAGAUUAUGUGGGGAAAAAGGUAAUAAUUAGUUUAAGUAAAGCCUAUUGUUAACCUGCCAUAAUUAAAGGGUCUAAAAGUGUUUUUUAGACAUGUGUACUAAGUGAUAACCAGCAAUUACAAUGUGUUCAAUGAGAAGAGGUAAAGUCAUUGGGCAGCAGUGUUGCUCCUGAGUCCCAGCUAUUUCUUUUAGCAGUGUGCAGACAGUUCAAUCUUUUCAAUGACUCAUCCCUCUGUUAAACAGGCAGUUAGCUAGCAGCUGAAUAGAUUCCACAGAGAUGACAUCGUGACAUGAUCUAUGAUGAAUGUGCCUUCUCGAUAUUUAGCAACAAUGUCUUAUCUGUAAAAUAGUGCUUGUUAAUAAAGAAAUGUUCCUGGAUGAA